GAUUACACACAGCGGAGCCUCUGGGAUGGGGUUUGCGGGGCGGGACCUGUUGCGGGAAAAGGAGGAGGAAGAGGAGGACAGCGGGGACUCGGUGUUGGUCCGGCAGAAGCAGAAGGCUGAAUCAUUAUCUGUCUGCAGGAAGCUGUGCUUUGCCAUGGGUGGGGCCCCCUAUCAGAUGACAGGAAACGCCAUUGGCUUCUUCUUACAGAUCUUCCUCCUGGAUGUGGUUCAGAUGGAGGCUUUCUAUGCAAGUCUGAUUCUCUUCACGGGCCGUGUGUGGGAUGCUUUCACAGAUCCCAUUGUUGGAUUCCUUGUCAGCAAAAGCAGAAGAACCAGAUUUGGGAAGUUGCUGCCUUGGAUAAUCUUUUCAAUGCCAUGUGGAGUCGCUGCCUAUUUCCUGUUGUGGUUCAGCCCCUCCUAUACCAUGUCCUCAGCCUAUAGCUUCAUCUGGUAUUUGGUCACGUACUGUGCCUUUCAUACCUGUAUGAGUUGUUUCCAUGUCCCAUACUCGGCUCUCACUAUGUUCCUCGGUGGUGAUCAGAAGGACAGAGACUCAGCAACCGCAUUCCGAAUGGGAGUGGAGAUUGUGGCGACUCUAGCUGGAGCUGCUAUUCAGGGGCAGAUUGUGGGAGUGUAUCAUGCACAGACGGCUGAGUCUUGUCGCCUGAGCCAGAAUCAGAGCAUCAACAGUACCUGGUUACUGGGCAACAGCCUCGACAGCACAAAGAGAGCUUAUAUCCUGGCAGCCGCAGUGAUUGGUGGCCUUUACUUUAUUUGUUCAAUGAUUCUCUUUCUGGGGGUGAAAGAACUGGCCGGCUCCCUCGCAUCCAAGAACCAGGUUGCGGUUUCAUACCUGACUGGCCUGAAGCUGGUGAUGAACCACAAACCAUAUGUAAGCCUGACCUUUGGCUUCCUCUUCAUCUCUUUAGCUUUUCAGCUCGUCCAGGGUAACUUUGCGCUGUUCUGCACGCACGCAGCUGGUUUGGGACAUCACUUCCAACACAUCGUGCUCAUAAUCCUGGUUUCAGCUGCACUUACAGUUCCAUUUUGGCAGUGGGUCCUGAUGAAAUUCGGAAAGAAAACAGCCUUGUUUGUGGGACUGAUAUGGUACAUUCCGCCUCUGAUCACCAUCGCGCUGGUCAACAGAAAUCUGUCACUGAUCACAGUCAUGGCUGUCCCUGCUGGUGCUAGCCUAGCUGUGGCUUUCCUGUUGCCAUGGUCAAUGCUGCCAGAUGUAGUGGAUGAUUUUAGAGCCAAACACCCACACUGCCUGGACCUUGAGGCCUUGUUCUACUCAUUCUAUGUCUUCUUCACCAAAUUUGCCGCUGGCGCCUCACUCGGAUUCUCAACUUUGUGUCUGCAUUUCUCGGGUUACAGAGCUGGCACCUGUUCACAUUCACCAACCGUGGCCAUUACUCUGAGGGUCCUGAUAGCUCCCAUUCCAAUAACGCUACUACUUAUUGGCUUAGUAAUAUUUUACUUUUAUCCAAUCAAUGAAACGCGAAGAAAACAACUGAAGGUGGAGCUUGAGGCAGUCAUCAGGAGAGACUGGGAAUCUGAGCUGGAAGAAAUCCACACACUUUGAGGAACACUUUAUCAGCUGCAACGUCAGGUUCCUGAAUUGGUGCCGUAUUAGAGUGGAACCGAUUUGCUUAUCUGAACUUGAAGUGCACCACAUGGAACUCAGUUACACAAAAUGUCAGUAAAACCAACAACUACAUGGACCUCAAUAAAUCACAAAUCCUUUCUAUCCAUUCUUAAUGAGAUGGCUGUGCUAGAAAAUAAAGAGGCAUGAAUUAGUUUUCUAACUAAA